AUGUUGUCUCUUACACAAUUGUGGAUGUUUGGUGCAGCAGCAACACUGGCUGUUGCUUUGCCUGCUAACCUAUUCACUAAUCGAGAUGUCAGUGCAUCUACUUUUGACUCCCUCUAUCUUUUUGCCCAGUACUCUGCAGCUGCAUACUGCGCAGGCAAUAUCGACGCCACCAGCUUUGGUGAAUCGAUCACUUGCUCAGCUGGAAACUGUCCACAGGUGCAGUCAGCGACUACCAAGACCAUAUAUGAGUUUAACGAAACAAACGACUUUGGGGAUACUGCUGGUUUCCUCGCUGUAGAUGAGACCAAUGAUCUGAUCGUAUUGUCUUUCCGUGGAAGCACAGAUAUCAGCAACUGGAUUGCGAAUCUGGAUUUUGUCUUCAACGAUGACAGUGGACUUUGUUCGGGAUGUGAUGUUCACAGUGGCUUCUGGUCAGCCUGGCUGACUGUUGCCGACGCUGUUACAGCCAAGAUCGACUCUGCACAGAGCUCAUACCCGGACUAUCAGCUUGUGCUGACUGGUCAUAGUUUGGGUGCUGCGCUUGCUGCAUUGGCGGGAACCGCGCUCCGUAAUGCUGGAUAUACGUUAGAUCUGUAUACAUAUGGUCAACCGCGCGUGGGCAACGAUGCUUUGGCCGUAUAUAUGACUGCCCAAGGUAGUCUUUGGAGAACUACUCACACAGAUGACAUUGUACCCCGGGUUCCCCCAGAGGUUCUUGGCUAUGCGCACGCAAGUCCGGAAUAUUGGAUCACUAGCGGCGAUGAUGUGACUGUGACUGAUGAUGAUAUCGAGGAAAUUGUGGGCGUUGACUCCGAUGAUGGCAAUGCAGGAGAAGCAGAUGAGAGUAUCGAUGCGCAUUUGUGCGGACCUCAGAGCCCGCGCCGUCGCAAUCGGAUCAAAGCUAUCUUUAUCACAAUCAGCAUCGUCCUCGCACUUUAUUUCCUAUUCUUCGCAGGACCCGAAUCACCCACCAAAGCUGCUGUCAACAAUGACCGACCGAGCUAUGCGCAACGUCCCACCCCGAAAGCAAAGACCGACUCCAUAGACGAGCAGGCUCGUCCCGCAAUCCGGAAACGAAAGGAGAUGGUCGUGGCCAGCAUGAAGAGUGACGACACCGCCUGGAUCGCCGAGUACUUCCCGGACUGGUCACGAAGCAUCUACGUGGUAGAUGACAAGAAAGCCACGUUAACGGUUACGAAGAACAAAGGACGGGAGUCAAUGGUCUAUUUAACGUACAUCAUCGACAAUUACGAAAACCUUCCCGAUGUCAUGCUAUUCAUCCACUCAUUACGCUACCAAUGGCACAACGACGACCCAUACUACGAUGGAGUUCCCAUGCUCCGCAAUUUCCAGAUCCCCUAUUUGCAGAAAAUGGGAUACGUCAACUUGCGCUGCGUCUGGACACUCGGGUGCCCCGAAGAAAUCCACCCAUUGACAGAUACACACCGCGACGAUGUUCACGCAGGCGAAUACUUCAAAACUGGAUUCAUGGAGCUAUUCCCGGAUCAGCCUAUCCCCAACGAGGUGGGCGUAUCGUGCUGUGCGCAAUUCGGCGUGACCCGGGAUACCAUUCGCGCGAGACCGAAGAGCGAGUAUGAACGAUUCCGCGUCUGGCUUGCGAAUACAAGCCUGGGGGAUGAUUUGAGUGGUCGGAUCAUGGAGUACUCAUGGCACAUGAUCUUCGGACGACCACCCGUUCAUUGCCCCGCAGCUGGGGAUUGCUACUGUAAUGUCUUUGGCUUGUGCAACCUGAAUUGUCCCAAUGAUGCGGUAUGCGAUAACCGCUAUGUGCUACCACCCUUCUCCUCGUUACCGAAUGGUUGGCCCUACCUUGGAUGGGAGGGCCAGGAGCAAGACCCAACCUACGGACUUCCUGCAUCGUGA